UGUACCCGCCCCUCCCCCUGUACCUUCCAUGUACCCCGCCUCUCCCCAGCUGACCGCCGCAACCCUAGUGGUUCCCUCCUCUUGACCCUUCACCGCGUCCUCCUAACUCCUGUCCUGCCACCCCCCAAGCAGACUCCUCGUCCCCAGACCCUCUGGCGUGGAGAGGGGCGGGCUGCAGUCUGCUGCGGCCUCCUCGCGCGCGGCCUGGGCUUUGGGUGUGGUCAGGCAGCGUCGAGGUGAGGUCACAGGGGUCGCGAGGAGAGAGAGCUGGGAGGGCCCUUCUUGCUCUCCCGGUCGUUACAGCCGUCUGCGGGCCCGCCGGCAGGGUCCUGAGAAUGAGCACUUAGGGCCGCUUGAGUUGCUGGAGCCAUGGUGGGGGCCCGGGCGCGGGAGGGUGUCCUGGGGGGAGGCAAGUGCAGGGGGUUGCUGGAGCCGCUCCAGCCUGGGGUGACCGUAAUGAGAAAGAUGGCAGCAGAAGCUAGAGGGCACGGGACACCCAAUGGGAUCAACCCCUCUGUGUCUCUGGCUGAGGCCCACACACCCGUCUGGCCAGUGGCUGACAGAUGGGCCUAGCAGACCCUGAUACGGCCUCCCUCUGCCUGAGGGGCUCAGGUAGCCGUGGGACCUUUCUUGGGAGCCCCUGCAGUGCAGACAGCAGCCCAAAGGGCCGGAGAUGGACAGCGGAAAGCACUUAUUUAAGGCCCUCCUGGGGAAGAAGCCAGAAUCGCAGCUGUCCCAAGAGGAUGGGCAGCCCUCUGCCACGCCGAGCCCAGCCGUGGCCUGGGGCCAGCCCAGCGCUCAGAGCAGCAGUCAGCAGGUGCUGCAGACUCAGGACUGGGUGUGCGAGCCGCCGGAGAGCAGGCGCCCGAGCCGCCGCUGGAGCGUCAGCAUCAGCGAACGCCGGCGACUGGCCGCGCUGGGCGGCUGCGAGAGGCCGGAACACGCGGACGCGAAGCCGACGCCGACGCCCUCGGGCCGGGACCUGCCGCGGAUCGUGGCCGAGCUGGUGUCGCAGGGCGUGGACAAGGACGUGCUCCUCCCCCGCCCGCCGAGGUCCACCGAGUCCACCAACGCCUUCCACGCCUUCCUGGUCCGGAGCGCGCCUUUCUGGCGCAACAUGACUUUGGAGGCCCAGGCCUCGAGGUCACCGCCCUCCUAAGAGCCAACUCAGCCCCGAGUCUGUCUCCCGGUGCCUUUCCUGCGGGUCCUGGAGGCGGCCUGCCAGGCUUGGGGCGCACGGCCCCUGCACCGUCUCCGUAGCCCAGCAGAGUCAUGACCCGCCCCGGGAUGACAACAGGGCGCCCUGGGACCCUCUGGCUGCCCUCUCCUCAGGACACUCACCCCUGAGGCCUUGGAGGCCACCUCCGGGUGGGGUAGCCUUCCCCAGCCCAACCUCUGCUAGGCUGCCUAGGGUGGACGGAGGACC